AUGGAACAAAAUCAGUCUGCAAUAGAAGUUGAAUUGGAUUUGAAUGAUAUUGAUGCUGAUCCAGGAAAACGAAAGUCAAUAGAGGCUUUUGAUGUUGCUAUUCGGGAUAGAGUACGGAUAGAGUAUUUGGUUAAAGGUCCUUGCCAACCAAUUGGGAAUACAUAUCCGAAAAAAAAAUAUGGUAUUCAAGAAAGAAGUUUUCAAGAUGCUUGGUUUACAAAAUUUCCAUGGUUAGAGUAUAGUGAAUCAAAAAAUGCAGCCUUUUGCUUUUGGUGCUAUCUUUUCAAGCAAUCAGAUAAAGGAGGUCGAUAUGCAGAAGAUGCUUUUACAAAGACAGGCUUUAACAAUUGGAAAAAUGCACUAGAAAAAUUCAAUCAACAUGUUGGGGCUGCAAAUAGUUGUCACAAUAAUGCUCGAAUUCAGUUUGAAGCUUUUCAAGAUCAAAGGCACGGUGUGGCAAAUGUAUUUCGAGCAAAUACUCGUAAGGAGGAAGUUGCAUAUCGUGUUCGAUUGACUGCUUCAUUGGAUGUGACUCGUUUUCUUUUAAAACAGGGAUUGCCUUUUCGUGGACACGAUGAAUCAAGUAGUUCUUCAAAUCUAGGUAAUUUUCUUGAGUUGCUUCAAUGGCUUGGUCAACAUAACGUCGAUGUUUCCAAAGUAUUGGGUACAAAUGCUCCUGCUAAUAAUCAGAUGACUUCUCCACGAAUUCAAAAGGAGUUAGCAAAUGCGUGUACUUCAGAAGUCACACUUGCCAUAGUCAAAGAUAUUGGGGAUAGAGUUUUCACUAUCUUGGUUGAUGAGGCUCGAGAUGUUUCAUUGAAGGAACAAAUGGGUGUUGUGUUUAAGAUACGCGAAUAG